CUCAUACAUCGGGUCGAUGUUUAAUCCUCGAGAGGAAUGAGAAAUGCGGUGUAUGUGGACACGCAGUACCAGACUGGCGGAGGACCCCUUCUUCGGUCUCAGAGUUGUGUCGACGAAGACACCGACAACGAGGGAGCCCGCGAUAAUGACGUGUUACCACCAGGGUAUAGGUUUACCGUACAAGCCGAAACGACACGUCGCAUAAAUCGGUUUCGAUUAGACGGACGCGAGAUAACAAUGGCUAUCCGGAAGCCACCCCAAGAUCCUGAUACGAAUACGGUAUCUUGGCUGCAGGGUACAGUCCGGGAUAUACACGCGUACCUUACAAGCUCGUGUACCGCGCAAGAUUAUAUAGGUCUGACGAUUAAAUCAGACAGUUUUGCGUGCGGGGCCGCGUGGCUGUCGUACAGGCUGGCUCGAGACUUUCUUGAAAACGACGUGUGGGGUGUAAUAUCAUCCGUCGCGCAGAGCGCCCAGACAUUCCAAAUAGACAGAUCUUUUGUCAUAGAGUCGUGUAUAGUGGAAGUACCGCGGGGUACAGGGCGCGUGCAAUUAGCGCACGAGUUUGUAAAAAAACACUCUAUACUUGCCAUAAUAAACACCGAUAAUCUCUGUCUACCUAGAUCGCUCGCUGUGGCGAUGGUAUACGCCGAACGCGGGGAAGUACGCUCUGGGGAACUGCAUGAGAGAUGGAACGCUGUACGGCGUCAACGGGGCAAAUUUCAAAAACAAUUAGCUCUCGAGCUUGUGGCAAACGCCUGUGUAGACAUACCGCCCGAUGGCUGCGGUAUUCGGGAAAUUGAUAAAUUUCAAAGACACCUUGCUCCGGAUAGUAUAGCCAUUGUUGUUUACGAGUUCGACAGUAUAGGCAGCG